CUGGCAGCGGAGCUUUGAAUAGGGAAGUUUUGCAGGGGUUACGCUUGCAGUCAGUCCGCUGUUUGCAAAUAUUGCGUGGGCUCGGCGCGCUGCGGGCUGCGGGAGGGUCCGGACCUGGCGUCCGAUUGCAGCGCCAUCCAGUUUGCAUGAAACUUUCACCUGCGCUCCCGGGGACAGUUUCGGCUCCGACUCCUGAUCGCUCACCUCCCUGUUUUCCCGACAGCGGGGACUGUCUUUUCCAACCCGACAUGGAUGUGCUCCCAAUGUGUAGCAUCUUCCAGGAACUACAGAUUGUGCACGAAACGGGCUACUUCUCGGCUCUGCCGUCCCUGGAGGAAUAUUGGCAACAGACCUGCCUGGAGUUGGAACGCUAUCUUCAGAGUGAGCCCUGCUACGUGUCAGCCUCUGAGAUAAAAUUUGACAGCCAAGAAGAUCUGUGGACCAAAAUCAUUUUGGCUCGAGAGAAGAAGGAAGAAUCAGAACUGAAGAUUUCUUCUAGUCCCUCAGAAGACUCUCUGAUCAGCCCAAGCUUUAAUUAUAACUUAGAGACCAACAGCCUGAACUCUGAUGUCAGCAGCGAGUCUUCAGAUAGCUCUGAGGAACUUUCGCCCACGACCAAAUUUACCUCUGAUCCCAUCAGUGAAGUCUUAGUCAAUUCAGGAAAUAUGAGCUCCUCUGUCAUUUCCACACCUCCUUCUUCUCCAGAAGUGAACAGGGAAUCUUCUCAGCUAUGGGGCUGUGGGCCAGGAGACCUGCCCUCGCCACGGAAGGUUCACAGCGGGACUUCAGGGAAGUCUGGUGAUAAGGGUAGCGGCGAUGCCUCCCCAGAUGGCAGAAGGAGGGUACAUCGAUGCCACUUUAACGGCUGCAGGAAAGUUUACACUAAAAGCUCCCACUUGAAAGCACAUCAACGUACUCACACAGGAGAAAAGCCUUACAGAUGCUCAUGGGAAGGUUGCGAGUGGCGUUUUGCAAGAAGUGAUGAGUUAACCAGACACUUCCGAAAGCAUACCGGUGCCAAGCCUUUUAAAUGCUCUCACUGUGACAGGUGUUUCUCCAGGUCCGACCACCUGGCCCUGCACAUGAAGAGGCACCUCUGAGGGAGCAGAGGGAGCAGUCCUGUAGGCUAAAAGAGGCUUCCAGGCUGAGAGGCGGCCAUGGAAGGAGGGAUGCCUGUACCAGCCAAAGCAUGCCAUUUUGCUUCCUACCCAGUUACCUCCAGGGGCCUCUCUUUGGAAGGUCUUUUGAGGGCUACAAAAGUCAUGUCAGAAGCGGCAUAGCACCCACGGUGCAUGGUGUUUGGGUGACCCCGGACUCACCACUGGUUCCUAACCUUCUGAGAGGCUCCUGAGCCUUUUGCCGUGAGCAUGCGCACUGAGAAUGUUAAUGGGUGGGAGGACUGUAUGUUGAGGAUCUAUUACUGACUGUAUGGUGAGGCAGACUUUUUUUUUCCCCCUUGUGGUAGCAAAUAACUGCAAGAGACAAAAAAAAGCAGUUUGAAUGUUUUGUGUGUGAGGAGUAUACGGAGGGAUGAAUUGACCACCAAUCAUUUCCUGAAGGGUGUCUGCACCUUAAAAAAAAAAAAAAAAAAAAAUUAAAAAAAAAAUUUAAAAAAUUAAAAAAAAAAAAACAAAAAACAAAAAGAUGAAAAAACUUGGAGGGUGGGAGUGGGAACUCAGGACCCCGUAGUGGUGAGUGUUACGGCCAGGGGGAACCCCUGUCCCCCUUUCCUGUAUGAAAGGACUUUCUGGUGUCUGGUGCAGCUAUAGAAUGUGCAGUGUGUCAAGUAGCUUGUCUUACUGGCUACACGGAGCUCAUUUGUAACCCAUUGUAUAAGCUGUAUUUACAAAUAACAGUGGUCAUUUUCCCUUAUAAUACAAAAAAAAAAAAAAAAAAAAAAAGUCGUGCAUGGUCUGGGGGAGCUAUAAACUUUAACAAUUUUUAAAUAGGGUCUCCAAUCUUGAUUCCAAUUAAUAAGCAGCUAUAAGACUGAAUUUGUUUAGAAUAAUGAUUCCUUAAGCCAUUUAGGCCUGGCAAGACAAGACCCCCCGCCCCCCAGAUCCUUCUAUUUCGUAACACUCCCCGUGCAAAAUGAUAUUGUGCAGUGUAGGCUUGUGUUUUCAAUGACUCGGAAUUUGAAUUUGCUUUUUGGAGAAUCUUAAGGUGCCCUUUUAAAGAAAUUGGACACAUGUCAAAUGUCUAAGUGCUGGGGCCUGGAAAUUACUGGUCUAAUGUCACAUUAGGCUAAGAACAUAAACUUUUUUUCUCAGUCAGGUGGAUCAAACCACUAAGCUUAGAAACCGUUUUUCUCAUGCAGCUACGUCUCUCUUAUUUAUGCCUUGAGGACUAUUUCUGGUUUUCUAGCUGUUAAUGCACUGUUGACCUUCAUAAUGGUGCCUUAUGCAACUGGCCCUUCUGUGGGGUCAAAUACAGGGGUAUGGGUGAUGCAUGCUUAAUUAAGGCUCUUUUUUCACCUGGCAUUGUACUGUAUCAGUGUAUAAUACGGAAAACAAAACAAAACAAAAACAACAACAACAAAAACCACCUCUUUAAGAUCCUCCACUAUGACAAAUAGGUGACAACUCCUUUGACAUGUCAACAUGUGUUCAUUUCCAACAAACUUGACUGUCAGUGUUAAAAUGGGGAAAAAUAGACAUGUUAAUUGAAAACUAAUUCUGUGACCAUGAGACUCUUUUAAGAGACCUUGCACAAUUGUACAGAUCACACACACCGGCUGUAUUUAUUAUGUAACAUUUUCACACAUAUUAAAGAUACAGAAUUAUUAAAAAAAAUGUCAAUAUCUUGCUCAAAAGGCACAAGUUUUGGGUACCUGUCUAGCUAUCUGUUGGUAAUACUGAAAGUAUACUGCUUUUUUUUUUAAAAGUGGAUGAAAUUUCUUGUGUAUGUAUAUUUGUGUGUAUAGUAUGUGUAUGUAUGUGUGUAUAUAUAUAUUAUAUAUAGAUAAUAUAUAAAUAUUUUUUUAAGAAGAAACUAGAAUGUUUAGCUAGAAAAUUCUGCAGCCUGUGAAGAAGUAUUUCAAAAUGGCCAUAAAGGAGGUUAAAAGAAAUUUAAAACUAUAACCUAACUUUUAUAGAGGCUUUAUCUUUAAUUUAAUAAUUUGCUGAAGACAUUUUCGGCGUUGAGUCUAUUCCACCCUGCUGAUUUUGCUAGUCAUUAUUGGCAAGUCUGGAAUAGGGUACCUUUGGCCAUUCAAAAGGGGCAUGAACAAAAUACUGGCCAACCAGCUGGACUCAGACACACAAAGGUUUUGAUUUUACUUUCAGCCUUACUAGAAGAUCUAACCUAAGAGUAAGCUGAUCACAGGGAUUGUUUUUUAGAAUACUUUUUAUGCAGAUGAAACUAUUUUUUCCAGCAUGUAGAUUCUCCCAGCUUUUUCAAGGAGUACUUUCCCGGAAUUUGGCAUACCACAGCAUAGACAGCUGAUAUUUCUGAUAUUUCAUCCAGCUGCUGGCUUUUUGGGUGUGGAUCUUUACAUAUAUAUAUAUAUAUAUAUAUAUAUAUAUAUGAGAAUGAGUCUUGCUGGGCUGGUAUUUUGUUUGAUCUUCCUGGAAAUGAGCAAUGAUUAAAGCUCAUGUAACUGUUAUUUUUUGUUUUUGUUUUGUUUUUGUAUCUGGGCUGAUGAAUACAUUUCUCUACAGUACUGAUUUCAUUUUGCUUAAGGGGAAAAUGCACUUUUGUUUGGCAAUUCGAAAUCCAAGCACUUGAUUUGCUGGGUUUUGGAAAACUCCUUUUUUGGCCCUGCUGUGUGCUUAUCCAUAACAAUUCCAUUAAGUAAGAAGGUAAACAGAAGAGAAAAAACUUGUGCUGGCUCGUCUCACUUAUGAAACACCGUAGCUGUUGUUUGACUGGGUGGGGCCGGCUGCCGUAUGUGUCAAUGCCUGUAAUUUUCAUAAUACGCAAGUACAUUCUGUUCAGGUGAUAACUGAGCCUCAAUCAAGCAGAAACUUUUGCUUGAAAUUAAAAAAAAAAAUUUCUAUUAGUGAAAUUUCUUUAUUUCUUUUUUUUUGAAGCACCCUGUUAUCUAAAGAAUCUUUGUAAGAUUUUUGUAAACUUUUGUUUUACAAGAUUUUAUUUGAAAUUGUUUUUUGCGAGAUUGUUAUAUUUCUGUAUGAAUGUAUUUUUUAUUCAAAUAACAUAAAAAGAAUUCUUAUCAGCA